AGAAGAUUUUGAAGAUGAUGGAGACAAAGAAGAGGACAAAGACUCAGAUUCUGAAGAUGUGAAAGAGGAAGUAGGAUGAUGCCUUGGAAACAGAUGUGAACAAACUGAGCUCCAAACCUGGUCUUGAUCGACCUGAAGAGGAACUGAUGCAAUAUGAGGCGAUGUGUCUUGAGCUCUCCUGCAGUUUUGAGGAUCAAAAUAUUUGAGGAUGUCCGGAGGCUCAUCCAGCCAAGCGAUAUUAUAAAUAAAGUUGUCUUCAGUCUAGAUGAGCCUUGGCCUUUGCAAGACACCACUUCUGACUGCUUACGGUUCUUCUCCAAGUUUGAGUCUGGAAAUCUUCGCAAAGCCAUCCAAGUGCGUGAGUUGGAGUACGACUUACUGAUCAAUGCUGAUGUGAAUAGCACGCAGCACCAGCAGUGGUUCUACUUCAAGGUGAGCGGUAUGAGGGAUGCGGUCCCUUAUCGCGUCAACAUUAUCAACUGUGAGAAGGCCAACAGCCAGUUCAAUUAUGGGAUGCAGCCAACUCUGUAUUCUGUGAAGGAGGCUCUUCUUGGUAGGCCUGCCUGGGUACGGACAGGCUAUGAAAUCCGUUAUUACAAAAAUCAUUAUCGCCAGAGCACAGCCAUCACAGGGGCAGAGUCUGGGAAGUGCUAUUACACCCUCACCUUUGCCGUCACCUUCCCGCAUGCCGAGGAUGUCUGCUACCUGGCCUACCACUAUCCCUACACCUACACCGCCCUCAUGCUGGAAGGACUAUUGUGUGCACUUGUGUGCACUGGCGUUCUUGUGUUAGAGAAGGACCGCUUCCCUUUCACUGGUUACUGA